GGCGGUCUGAGGGGUCCUGGGUGUGAGGGGAUCGGUGGGGAGAGGUCGUUGGUCAGGUGGGCUCUUGUGAGAAGGGGGUUAGCCGGCUGUGAGGGCUUUUAUGAGGAGGAACCUUUGGUGUGAGGAGCUCUUGGGGAGGGCUCGUUGGUGUGAGGAGAGAGUAACCAGCUGUGACGAGUUUUGCCAGGAGGGAUUUUGGCAUGAGGGACGGUUUUAGGGGACAGGUGAGGGGUUGCUGAGGGAUAGGAGAACAAGAGAGAGCUGCCAUGUCGGGGUGCUGAGGGGAGUUUGGGAAAGAGGUUUUGUGGAAGCCCCAUGUGGGACACUGAGGGCGGAGAGGGGCCUGAGGGAGAAGAUGGUGCAGAGCUGUUGCUGAGGCCAUUUGAGCUCGGCCACGGUUUUGGGGGGCAGCAGGCCUGAGGAAAGGUGUGGGGGAAUAGAGACAUGGGUGCCUCAGGAAUGGGGUACAUGUGGCCUGGACAUCGGUAGGGAGAAGAGGGGUAGGAGAGAGGCCUGGCAUGGGUGGCAGGGGACAGUGGGUUUGGGGCAGGCUGGCUGGAGGACAUGGAGCCUAGUGGAGCUGCCUGUGGCCAGGAGCAGCUCAGCUACAGGCAGUGAGGAGGUGGUAGAUGACUGCUCUAGUGCAAGUGCCCUCACCAAAUGGGUGUAUUUCAGCCUGCCCUUGGCCAAGCUGUAUCUAGGUUGUGGCCAGAAGAGGGGAAAAAAAUCUCAUGGGCUGAGCACAUGGUCUUCUAAACUGUACUCUUGGCUCUCAGUGGUGGGGUGUUGAACUUGGUAGGUUGUUGAGCCUUUGUGUGCUUUGGUAUCUCCAUCUACGAAGCAGAGAUAACAGUUAGAUUCAUGCAGGGAUUAAUUAUCGCAUCUUGUAGUAACGUGUUUGUUUAUUUGUUUUUACUGUAGAUUACAGCUGGAGGAAUUCUAAACAGUCCACUUCUCCUUGUCAUGGUGUUUGGGCGCAUUGUGCUCGGGUCUGAACAGAGGAAAUCACUGAGGCUACGGAGAGCUAAAUGGUAAUGCAGGAGAACGAGAAGUGUCACUAAAGGGCCUGUGCUCUGAUGAAGCCACCACCCCAGGAUCCAGGGUACCCAAUGGCAGCCAGCAGCUUGUAGAUGCUAAUGUCACCCCAAAGCAGACUGUGAAGGCCAGUGCUUUGGGGAAAGCUGGAAUCAAAACCAAGAACUUCAUUCAGAAAAAUAGCAUGGACAAAAAGAAUGAGAAGUCCUACGAAAACAAACACAGAGAAAACCAGUCCUCAGACAAGCCAGAGGGAGUGUCUAUUCCAAAUGGCGUGGUAACCAAUAAUUCCAGCUACAUCACAAAUGGCUACGUAGGCAAAGGGGCCGAUAAUGAUGGUAGUGGCUCUGAGAGUGGAUAUACUACACCUAAAAAGCGGAAAGGCAGGCGCAACAGUGCCAAGGGCUGUGAGAACUUGAAUCUAGUACAGGACAAAAUAAUGCAGCAGGAGGUCAGCACAUCAACCUUGAAACAGGAACUUGAGAGUUUCAAACCUGAUUAUAGUGAACAAAAGGGGAACCGAAUUGAAAAUACUAAGCCUGUUUGGAAAUAUGAGGCUGGGGCUGGUGGAGCAGGCCGGGGAAAGCCUGGGCUUGGGGAUGUACCACGGAAAAACUCUGAUGCCAAACCUGGGAUUAGCAGCAAGAAGUUUGAUGACCGGCCCAAAGGGAAGCACACAUCAUCAGCUUCAUCUAAAGAGGACUCAUGGACCUUAUUUAAACCACCCCCAGUUUUUCCAGUGGACAAUAGCAGUGCUAAAAUUGUUCCCAAAAUUAGUUAUGCAAGUAAAGUUAAAGAAAACCUCAACAAAGCAGCUCAAACCCCAUCCACAUCGUCCUCAUCAUCUUCAUCAUCUGCCGGGGAAACUCAGGCCCAAACAUCAAGUCGACUUUCCCAAGUCCCCAUGUCUGCUAUGAAAUCUGUCACUUCUGCCAGCUUCUCAAAUGGGCCAAUCCUUGCGGGGACCGAUGGAAGUGUGUAUUCCCCAGGGACCCAGCCACUGCUGUCCACUGCUGCUAGUACUGUACCAUCCACCUCCUCUGAGUCAGUACCCCAGGACAUGAGUACAACUUCGACAGCUCUUGAACAAAAGAAAUCUGGCCUUUUUAUCUACCCUUCAAAUAUGCAAACUGUGCUCCUGGGGACAGCACAAGUCGAUUUUCCUUCGCAGACAAAUCAGCAGAACCUGGGGGAUAUCUUCCAGAAUCAGUGGGGUUUGUCUUUCAUAAACGAGCCCAGUGCUGGACCUGAAACCGUUGUGGGGAAAUCUGCGGAUAAUCAGUUAAUGGAAGUGACAUUUCAAGGGGAAUAUCCUGCCACUUUGGUUUCACAGCGUGCUGAAAUCAUUCCCUCAGGAACUGAACAACCUGUGUUUCCUAAGGCUUAUGAGCUGGAUAAACGGACUAGCCCUCAAAUUCUUAGUGCUGUUCUUAAGCCUGGGACUGCUGUUGAGGGUGGUGUCUUAGCUUUGGAGUCGCAUCACACAGGUGACCUACAAAAGGCAGACACCGGUAGCCAAGGUGCUUUAGUGUUUCUUUCAAAAGACUAUGAAGUAGAGAAUCCUCUGGCCUCUCCUACGAACAAUUUGCUAGCCUCCGCCAAAGAACAGAGGUACCAGAGAGGCCUAGAAAGGAAAGAUAGCUGGGGUUCUUUUGACCUGAGGGCUGCUAUUCUAUAUCACACUAAAGAAAUGGAAGCGGUUUGGAACUUGCAGAAGCAAGAUCCCAAAAGGAUAAUCACUUAUGAUGAAGCCAUGGAUCGCCCGGAUCAAUGAAGGUAGCAAGACAAGACUGCCUGUUAUAACCUUUCUGCAGCAUUUGUGCUGUUCGUGGGGGACAAAAAGGCUUUUAUGCUCCUUCUAAAUCUUCAGUGCAGCAGAGGAACCAUAACUAGAAUCACAGGAUAAUAUAUACAAAAAUAUAUAUAGUUAUUUAAAAAUGGCAACUGAAAGUAAUUAGACUUCUUAAGGAAACUGAAAAUUUAUUUCAACAAGACUACACACGUGAUUAUUUAAUCUCCGGUACUGAAUAGAUUUUUUUCUUUUUUCAUUUUUGUUUUGUUUUUGUUUAAAGAGUGAAUGCAAGUGAUUAAGGAAUACAGACUCAAUUACAAGCCUGGUUUCAAAGUUCCUGCUGUCGUCUGCAAGGGCAACAGCAACCCACUGGAGAGGCAUUUCCACUUGACAAGGUUUCUGUUUCUUGUUCUGUGACUGUAGUGACAUACUAAUCACAGGGAAAUCAGGAUGAUUCACCAUCCUUCAUCUCCCCUUCCACCUCCCUUGUUUGGUUUCUUUUUUUUUUUUUUUUUUUCUGAUUUGUUUUCUAUUGAAUGCUGGAGAAACACCUUGAAGUUUGCAGAGUUUCUUUUUUUUUUUUUUUUUUCCAGAGAAUUAUAAUCCGCAUGUUUUGCCAGGAGUAAAGCAGCAAUCCUAUGCUGGUGAUACUGUCUUAAAAGGAUCAUUCUGCUGAGGGAAAGAUGGUAAUACUGCAGUUCUAGGAUGCAUGGUGAAGCCACACAGUUGACCUGGCUCCUGUUACACGUUGGACUAUUGCAACUGAAGAGUUAUUUAAUUUUAAAAGACAACAUGGAAAAAUAAGCAAUCUGUUUAGGCAUUUAACAUGGAAAAAAAACAAAAAAAAACCAAAAAAAACCCCCACUGUUCCCACAGUUUAAUGCCAUUGUAUUACUGGGAGCAAGAAAAAAAAAAAAAAAAAGACAAAAAAAAGUAUCUCCUGCUUUCAACUGUAGGUGCUUCAUAUUUGCUCUGUCUGUCUCCUAACACUAAAUGUGCUGGAUUUUUUUCCCAUUUUCAUUGGAAAACUGAAGAGGAAUUGAGUUCUGCUAACUUUCACCCUUCUUGAAUUAUUUUUUAUCUUAAAAAAAAAAUCAAAAUAACAAAAAAAUGAAAAAAGUUAAAAAAAAAAAAAAAUGGGAAUUUGAAUCCUUUUCAAUUUGUCCAUAGAACGCCAAUGGCUGGGCUUCCUGCCCCUUGGAAAUGCUCUUUUAUAUUUUAAUGCAGUCUGUGUAUUUCCGGGCUCUGCUUCUAAUUAUCUCUUAAUAAAAAUAUAUUUUAUUACAAAAAAAUGGAGGACUUAGGAAUGAAAAUAAUAAUUUAAAAAAAUAAUAAAAAAAAAAAUCCCAGGGAAAGGAAAGCUUCCUAGCAGUGGUAGGGAAGGCUGAGCGGAGUGCAGGCUCCAGCUGUGUAACCCCUCUGUCCUGUUGCAGCUUGUGUAAAGUGUCCAAAUCAUCUGGGGGUUGGGUAGUUUUUCUGGGCUUUUUUAAAAGCUGGGAAGUUCACCAGGGUCCAGUGCAAGAGCAAGAAAUGAAUAAAGCAGAAAUGGAUUUGUUGGCCAGCCCCUCUGAACCCAGUGCUCAUUGUGGGUGACUGUGGCCUAAUCCUGGCCCCUGGGUAUCCAAAUCAGCAGCAGUUGGUGUCACCUAAAAUGAGACUGGACCCUCUGGGGCACUACAAGGAAUAGAUAAAUCCAACAUUUUGGAAUUCCCUUUGGUUUUAGAUCUGCACAUCAAGCCAUCAGGCUGCUGUCCAGUCACCAGAGGGUUCCACAGGGCUCCAUCCUCAGCCCAUUUCUCUCCAACAUCUCAUUAACAACCUGGAUUCAGGACUCAAAGAAGUGCUAAUUUUGCUGACACACUAAACUGGGAGGAACUGUUGACUCCCAUGAGGGCGGAGAGCUCUCAACAAAUUAGAGAUGGGCAAUCACUAACUAUGAAAUUUAACAAGGGUGAGUGUUGGAUUCUGCACCUGGAUAGACUGGGAAUGAGAGGCUGGAGAGCACCACCACGGAAAGGGAGCUGGGGUCCUGGUCCAUGGCCUGUUGGAUCUGAGUCAGCAGUGCCCUGGCAGCCAGGGGGGUCAGCAAUGUCCUGGGGGGCACCAGCCCAGCAUGACCUGCUCUGCUCUGCUCUGCUCUGCACUGGUGCGGCCGUACCUCAGAUUCUUAGGGCACCACAGUAUAAAAAAGACCCCUAUUAGAGAGCAUCCCAGGGAGGCCAUGAGGAUGGGGAAGGUUCUGGAUGGGAAGCCUUAUGAGAUCCCUUGGUUUGUUCAGCUGGAGAAGAAGAGAUCUCAUUAUGGUCUUCAACAUCCUCCCACAGGGCAGCAGAGGGGCAGGUACCAAUCUCUUCACUCUCACGACCAGUGACAGGGAUUAGUCUGAAGCUGAGUCAGGGGAGGGCUAGGUUGGAUAGCAGGAAAAGGUUCUUCACCCAGAGGAUGGUUGAGCACUGGAACAGCCUCCCCAGGGAAGUGGUCGCAGCACCAAACUUGUCUUGAGUUCAAGAAGAGUUUGGACAAUGCACAGGGUGGGAUUCUUGGAGUGUCCUGCACAGGGCCAGCAGUUGGACUCGACGAUCCUGAUGGGUCCCUUCUAACUCAGAAUACUCUAUGAUUCUAUUGCUUUAUUUUUUUUUUUUAACUAGGAGUAUGUAGCAUGUGGUUUUUUUUAAUUGUUUUUAUACUUUUAAUAAGAUUGUUCCUGAAUGAGACACUUGAGUUCAUGGUGGGACAAUGAAACUGAAUUCUGUACCUUGUGUAAGACGCCCGCUUUCUGCCACGCUUGAACAUUUGACUAUGGAUUGCCUACUCCAUUUGAUGUAUCCAAAGCUAUAUAGUAUAAUACUGAGUGUGAUACUAUAUAGUCAUCAUGUAUUGUAUCAGUCCAGGUUCAGAAAUGUGUGGUUGGCCAGUUGCAAAUAGUUCUGUUUCACCUAUAAACUGUACCACCUCUACAGGUGUGUGUAACUUUGAGAUGUAUAACAUGUUUACAGAUGUGCCCGACAUCUAGUCCUCCGACGUUCCUAUUUUUAAUUCUGUUGAGUCUCCCAACUGCUUGCCAAAAGUCAGAAUCGCCUCCAGCUCUGCUGCUGAAGAGCUGGGGCGUUCCUGAGCCUUAAAGUGUUGAACAAACUGGACGGUGGGGCUGGGAAAAUGAAGGUGGAAGAAAUGUUCUUUUUCCUUUUUUAGUAUUAUUAUUAUUUUCAAAAAGUUGAAGGCUAAUAGCAAAGUUUCCAGUUUGUUUUACUGGCUUUAAGGCUCCGCUGAGUAUUUAUUUGCCUUGUGUAGUCACUUGUCGCCUUAAGGGCUGGGUUCCAUUAAAAAAAAAGAAAAAAAAAAGACAAAAAAAAAAAAAAAGACAAAAUCACCCUGUUUUGCUUUCCUGGGGUCUGUGCUGUCCUGUACCCCUGCCCCAGGUCCAUGCUUGGGGCAGGGCAGGAGUUGAGAAGCACUAACCCUGCGCCUCUAGAAAGGUCUGAGUCUUGCUGAAUAUUUGAGGACUCUCAUCUUGGCCUAGUCCAAUCUGUCACCUAAAUAGCAAAAGAAAUGCUGAGAGAAACGGUUCGAGCGAUGGGUUGGGCUGGGUUUCCCCCGAUGCUCAUCUCUGUGGCUUUGCCUCGCCAGCAGGACCCAUCCAGAAACACCCUCGGCAGCACCUUUUCUGCUGUAUUUCUGACCAUUCUCUGUUCAGAUGUCUGUCUGUGUGUCUCCAUGAGCUCCACGGCGUGUGCUCAGCACUAAGCAGUUAGGAAUUCCUCUCUCUGAGCUCCUGUAGCUCCGGCUCCCUGGUAUUUCUGGGAUAGACUAUUGCCUAGAGGCAGGCAGGACCAUGGAAGGAACUUCCUCAUGCUGUCGUGUAACUCACCCUGUUGCUGUCUGCAGUCCUCCCCAAGCCCUCACACAAUUCUUAACUGAGCACUUAUUAAAAAUAUCUUAAUAUUUAAUCUGUUUUCUGAUUAUUUUUGUGUAAACUUAUAAAAAAAAGAAAAAAAAAAACAAACUGAAAUUGAGCUGUGAUUAAUUUAGCACAUUGAAAUAAUGAUAAGGUGUUACUGAUAAGUCUCAUGUUUUGUUCUGUUUUUUUGUUUGACUCAGAGUAUUAGUACUGUAGCAUAAACCAAAUACAGCCCAGAAAGGGGAGCAGCAGCCUCCUGUCCUGGGUGUGCACCCGAGGGUGUCUGUGGGGGCGAGGAGCCAGCAGUGCGAGUGCGAGCAUCUGACCUGUGAGGAGAGCGAGCGUGUAUUUAUUUGUGCCAUUGUUUUCAUUACACUGAGUAAAGAAAAUUUUAAAACAAAACCCCCUAAGUACGUGUAGUAUCGGAAAGCGGCACUAAGGGUGAGAUCAUGACCUAUUUUUUUAUUAGCUAUGAAGAUACUAAUUCAGGUUAAGGCUUCUCUAUUUCUGUUCCCGUUGUGAGUCCUUUUCCUCUGGUUUCCUUUCCAAGCUGUGUUUAUUGGAGUGAGGAUUCCUGCACAGGUGGGGGCUGUCUCCUUUCUCCUCUGGUCAUUCCCCACCUCUCCUCUGCCAGCGGGUUCUUCUGGGUGUCUCAUACAGGUUCUUGUGUAAUAGAGACUAGAGCGUGUAGUGUCAGCCAGACCCAGCUUGGGAUCUGCUUGCUUUUUGGUGGAUCAUAGAGUGUUCCAUGUGCUCCAAGAGGUGAUUUAACAGCUGCUCCAUGACAGUGGUUUGGGGCUUUCAGUUUCUGCUCUCUCCCAUUCCACCCAUUUGGUGGAUUGGCAAAGCAAUGGCUUUCAAGCUUUGCUUGGAGUUCAGUUUUGUUUUAAAUGCACCUUGGUCCUCUGUGAAACCUGGUAGAAAUCUUCUGUCUCUCCUGUCCUGACCAGUGGGUAGCCCCAAGGCAUGGAUUCUGUCACUAACCUACUUCAAACCUUUCUGAGCUAGUGAAUCACACUUCUUGCCUUUCCUAGCUGCUGUGAACUUCUUUGAAAUGUGGAAAGAAACCCAAUUCUCACUAGGUUGUGAGUCCGGCAGCUGGGAGCGGGUGAUGGGUGAACCAGCCAGCUAAAGGGAAAGGAAAAUUGCUUCCUGCUAGGAAAAAAAGAGAGCUGGAAGUUGUGCUCCCAGUUGUGUGUGUGAUUAGUGCUUUCACCUUCAAGAGAGCAUUAUGGUAGCACCACAGUGUCCUUUCCCAAGUGGCCAGUGGGUUACCUCAGGGACAUCUGGGAGCAAUGGUGUUCACAGCCAGAACUGCUGGUAGUUCUCCUGUGUGUCCAGGGUUUGAUCUUGAUUCAGUAAAUUGCUAUGGUGUCCCAAGCUUUCAGGAAUCUUACUUUCUCAUCCCUAGAACACUUUUCUGUCCGUCCAUCUGUCGUGAUACGUUUUUUUACAUAGGCUGUUUACAAGGGAGCUGGUUGAGGUUGGGAGGGGGGAGAACAAAGAUUCACCCGCUUUAAAGCUGCUGCACGUUUUCACACUGGUGUGUAAGGCAGGAGAAGGGCUGGUGUGGUGGAGUAUCCAAGAAAGCCAGAUUAAUUCUGGGUUUGGCCACCACCAGAGCAUUUUUCCAUGUGGGAAACCCCUAGUGCACACAGCUGGGAAGCAGGAACCAGCGCUGGUGGGAAGAUCUUGAUGUGCUGCCUUCCAGAGCUUGAAAGGUUUUCCCAGUGCAUGUUACACCCCAGGGUCAGGCUGGCUCCUCUGUCCCACCUGAGAUCUUCUAAAGCAGCAGGAGAGCAAAGCUGUGGAUGUCUGGGGAGGUCAGAGAGCCCUGUGGUGGCCUCAUGUCCUGGGCAUUAGCCCACUCCCUGUGCUGGGACUGGAGCAAGAGUCCUGCCUGUUUCCUCACCAGGGGAUGCUGAGCUGGAUUUAUCUUGACUGUUAAUCAGAAAGCUUCGUGUCCAGAGCUCUAAAGCCAUUUUGUAAGAUAGCAGUGUCCCUUUUCUACAGCCUUAUUAAUGAGUAGAGGAUCUUUAAAAAGAAGAAAACAAACAAAAAAAGGAAUUGUUCGUUUCUUUCUGUGGUAUGAAACUUGUGUACUGCGAACUUCUGAACAUUUAGCAAAAAUACAAUUUACAGUUUUCUUAAAAAAACAAACAAAAAACAACCCAACAAAAAAAUCCCCAGCCUGUCUGCUUUCCAUACGGUCUUUCCUCAGGUGCUAAAUAAGGGUUCCAAAAAUGGAUACUGCUUUAGGAGUUCCUGCUUUAUUCUUAAAAUACAUAUUUUUUUUGCUUAGGUGUUGUAAAGAUAUUUUAACAAGAAUGUUUUUUUUUUUAAUGUAAAUAAGAUUGUGUCUUUAAUUUUUGUUUUAUCUCCUUUUUGUCCAUAUUGAAUAGUCUUAAUUUUCAUUUUUAUCCUUUUGAGAAGGACCCUCUUAUGCCCCUCCCCGAAGACAUUUCAUUAAGUGUUGCUGCAUUUAAGAAUGAAUCUACAACUGUUCAUUGUCUUGGAUUAAUGCUGAUGCUGCUGCUAUAAGUAAUCCUGAAAAUCAAGAAUGUGUGAUGCACUUUUGUUUCUUGUUUUUGUUGUUUUGGUUUUUUAACAUGAUCAUGUAGUUCCUCUGCAGAUAGUUGAACCCUCCUGUAACACAGCCACUAACUGGGGAAGCAUAGGAACUGUGGGAGCCGGGGUGUAGGACAGGGUUGGACCCGAUUUUGGUGCUGACCUAUGGGAAUUUCUAUGCAAACGCAAGCAAAGGAGAACUCUUUAACUUGAGAGAACACUGUGCUUUUUUUUAUUUUUAUUUUUUUUUCCUCUCCUUCCUUUUCUCAAGCUGCUAUUGGAAAGGUAGUGCAAAUCCCUGAGGUUUUCAGCUUCUCCUUCCUCCAUGGCUGGUGGUACAGGAAAGGUGCCUGAGUAACCUGUAAAGUAGAAAAACCUCAGUCAGCUCUUGUCUCAUCUCUGGUUUUAAUAUAUUUGUUUUCUAGAUGAAUUUAUAGAAGGAAAUUGUCAUCUCUACAAAAAGAUCUUUUGAAUGCUUUAUCUCAAUGUGAAGCUAACCAGCAGUAUUAAGGAUUGCAUGGCCUCCGUCCUGCCCUUAUCCCAGUGCUGGGGACCCACCGGCUCCUUCUCCACCUGGGGAGCGCUCAGUGCUUGGGCUCAGAUCUUUUCCAAGAAAAAAGGGAGGUGAAGCCAUCCACCCAGCCCAAACCUGCCAGUAAAAGGCUUAGGGAGCAGUGGAGGGAGGUCUCACUGCAUCAAGGUGCUGCCGUGAGGCAUGGGCAAGUCCAGAACCUCUUCUCUUUCUUUAUGGGUCACACCUGGACCAUGGUGGGGGAGGAGUUUACUGGAGGGGAAAAAGGGAUUUUACUUGACUAUUUAUAGAAGAUCCUUUAGGAAUAUAAAGUAUCUCUCUGCAAAGUGAGAGAAGAGUAAGGAAGGUCUAAAGUCGUGUUGGAAAAACACUUGGGGAUUACAACUGCCUGGAAAAUAGUCUACAAAUACAUAGGCCAGAGCUCUCUGCCUGUUUAGUUUUUUCAGCAUCAAUUUAUUUCUUUUUCGGCCAGCGUUUGCUCUUUUACACACCAAGGUGUGUGUACAUCUGACUCAAUGUGCCUUGCAUGUGUGCUUAGUCUUUCUGGAGAGAGGUGGUGGGGUGUGAGCUGGGGCAUGGCCAGGAGCGCCGUUCCCCAUCCACAGUCGAGGGUUCCUCAGUGUCCUGGUGACCCUUCGGAUGAGAAUGAGACCUGGACUCCAGGCUGUGUAGUGGCUGUCUUAGCUUGAGGAUGACGUCCUGUGCAAUGGCACCUGUGACUUCAGAAGGGAGUGGGAGGGAGAGAAAGAAAAGCUGCUUCGCUCUUCUGCGGACAAAAAAUCGGCAUUGCCAUGGUUUGCCUGCAGAGCCGAAACAAGCCGAGGUCUGGAACCGGCUUUGCUGGAGUUCAGGCUCUCUGUGGCACCGUGAUCCCAUUAUCCAGGGGAUUUAUUCUCUGCCAGGUUGUGGUUCUUGUUUCUGUGGGGUUUACAAGAUUUUUUUUGUAAAGGAGAAGUCAACACACCUUGCUUGAAGUUAACGAAAUCCAAACGCUUGUGUUUGCAGUCCGUGACUUAGAACUCCAAGCUGUGCAAUUCUGGGUUCUCCAUCUCCUGCCCCAGCGUGUGAUGAUUCUCUCCAAGUCUUUCUGUAAUUCUGCCACAGUAAAUGUGAAAGCUUGCUUGCAUUAUUUUUUAGAAAUGCAUUUUGCACACUCGGGUUUCACUGAAGCUCCGUGAAAAGGUUAGUUUGAAGCAGAUGAAUAAAGCUAUGCACAUGUUUUGAAAGUUUAAUUUGUGUCUCAUUACCAGAAGUGACUUAUCUGCCCUCUUUUGCAUUCCUGUGCUGUCAUUGCCUCCAUUCUCUUCACCAUCUCGGAGGGUAUGAUGUAAGGUGACAGUUCUUUGCUGACAGCUGUAGCAGAAAACUGGCGCUUCUUGAUUUAUUUAGUAGCCUUUCUCUCUCCUUUGCUUUCUCUGUAUCUCUCUGUAUAGCUAUAUAAAUAUAUAUAUUAUUUUUUUAUUUUAAAGAGCCUACUUUAGUAAUUGAAUCGGAGGGAGUGGGGUGUGCUGGCUUGUGUCAUACACUUUGUGCUGUCCCCUUUUUGUCUCCGGGAAGAGCGUGGUGGUGGCACCCACCGGUGUCCCCAUGGGGACAGGGAGCCCCCACACAAAGCAGCUUUGGGGAAGGGAUGGAGACCAGUCCACUGCGCUGCAGGCCGGUGGUGUGGGCAAACGCAAGGCUUCUAAUGACAAAAUGAACCAGGAGGAAUCCUACGGCUGUGUAUCCCCACUGGGAGGCAGGAGGGACAGGGUUCCUCACUAUCCUGCUGCAGGGCUGGAGUGGAGACUGGGUUCCCUCCAACCUCGGGGGUGAGAGCUUUAUUUUGGUUUUGUUUUUGUGUGUUAGGCGCAUUGGGUUGCAGGUACCACCUUUGGAAACGUGUUGCUUAGCCCAGAGCCUGUGUGCGGGAGAAUUGGGAUUUUGUGACGGGAGAAGGACCCUGACAGCUUUCUCCUCCUGUUCCCUUCGCCAUGGCAGAAAUUUGUACUAACUUGACAGCUUUUUUUCAUACAGAACAGGGCUGCUUUUCUAUCUACCAUCACACGUGUACUUACACACCUUCAGCAGCUUCUCAGCCUCUGGAGGUCCUCAACUUGUUUACUGGGGGGACUGAUGCCCCUCUCUCCCCCUUCCCUGAAUAUUUCAGUGUUAAGGGCGGUGCAAAACACAACCGCAUGCUUCGACUGCGAGCUGGGGCUGGAGAGAUCCCUGCAGGCAGAGCCAGGCGGGGUCUGUCUCCUCUCCUGCCCCCCUUCCCUGUCGAUAAGUUCUCAUUUCGUUCCUGGUUUGUAUUCAAAUUGCUGUGAGGGGUUGUGCUCUACCUUCUCAGGAGCUGAAUUACCUCUGACCUGCUGAGAGGGGCAGCCCCUCUUUGGUGUCGAUGUUGUAGUGUGCGACCACACCGAUCAGUAAAGGUAGUCUUUGUUUCCUUCUCCCCUCCCCAGUAAUUUCUGAUUAGGUUAAUGCACUCUGUGUGCCCAGCUGGAAAAGCGUAGGCGUUUUCCCAGUGGUGAGAGGGUGGCUAGAGGAGUUUAGUGUAAAACCUGCUGUAGCUGUGUCUGGCGCAGCCCCUUGCGCUGGUGUGGGUGAUGUCACGGACUGUAAGGAUAGGUAAUGUCCAUGAGCUGUAAUGGCAUGAUGUAUCUUUACCAAUGAUGUCAUACUUCACACUAAAUGUUUAAGAAAAAAGAAAAAAAAAAAAAAAAACUUAGCUGAAAUUUUGUUUAUUCUGCAC